CGAUUUUUUAUAAAGUUGAAUCAUUCAUGGUUCGCACCAACUUGAAUUAAUUAAACUGCCAUAUCCUUGUUCAGCUUUGAAAACUGAAUCAGAAAAUGGUCUUAAAGCCGUUUCAGAUCUAAGCGCCUAUCCGCCAAGGAAGCAUCGAAAAUUUUCAGGGAACACAUAUUCCUGAUCGCCGUAAAAUUCUCUAUCGAAUGGUGUCUGAAACAUCGAAAAAAAAUUUUUUUGCUCGAAUUUUGCUUUGCGUGCACCUUAUAUAAGAGAAUAGAAAAACUCCCUUAGUCAAACAGACAAAAGAAAAAUGCUGCAACACAGAAAAGGAAAAGAGAGAUGACUAACAUAGAAAAGAAACUAAUGACAAUAGCACGGUCGAUCGAUCGAAGUCCAUAAUACAUACUACCUCUUCCUAGUUUACAUGUGAAACUACAAUCAUUUUGUUUUUAUACAAAUUUUCUCAACAUUUUUUAUAUUGUACGUAUUUUUUAUCUGUUUAAUUCCAUAUUAGACAAUUACAACAAAUAACAGGAUAGUAGACAACAACAACCAAUUCAAGGAUGGUACUGCACAUGUACGGUGGGAAGUCGUGUUAUUGGUUGUUGUAACCACAUUGCGGCAUUAUUAUGGCAUUUAGGUAUUAAUCAAGCAUCUACAGAUUUACCACAACAUCCUCAAUCAUCUGAUCAUUAUGUUAAUUAUAUUGAUAAUAGUUUAGUUUACGAAGAUUUUGAUAGUGAUGAAAAUACGGAUAUUCGAUAUUCAUUAGCUGAUGACAGUGAUAAUGAUUCUGAUAAUUAA